AUUAAAACAGACCAUCCGGUCUAAAUUUGCACCCUUAUAUAAUUGAUCAAAUUUUAUCUUUAUUUAAAAGUUUCUCUAUAUAUUAAUAAUAAAUAACACGCACGCACUCCUAUCACAAUUUGAAUUACAUCUUCUCCCAAACAACGGCGCCACACACAGAGACGUAUAACAGAGAAAUAUACCAAUUCGGGUCAAUCUCUCCCUCUUCUUAAACCCUAACAUCUAUAUAUAUACCCAUUCGGGUCACCCGGUUCGUUUAAUUAUCUUCUCUCAGGCAUCUUUGUUUACCAAUCUCCUCUCUCUGUUUGUUUGUUACGCAAUUAUGAAGUUUUUAUUGGAAUUCGUCGCGUGUGGUGGGUCGUGGUCGUCGGGGAUUCGGCCGCCGGCGGACGAGACGAUUAUCCCGGCGGUGCAGGAGGAUCCCCAGCGCCAAAUUGGACGGAAGCAGGGCAAGGGGAGGGGCGGCGGCCGCGAAUGGCGGCCUUCGCUGGCGCCGAUUUCGGAAGACGUGUCCACGGCGGAGAAGGCUAACAAUGUCGAGCGGACGACGGCGGCGGCGGGGUGGCGGCGGACCCUCAAGCGGAAGAUUUCGUCCGUGUCUCAAAGAGAUCGGACUCGUUCUUCAGAUUGCGAUUAUGGCCGGAGAGCUCCACUUCCACAUGUCAUGCCAGCAUUUUCUCCAACUCCAUUCAUGUUUUGAAGCAUAGCCUCUCUUAAUUUUAUUUUAUUAUCAUUUUAGAAUGUGUACAUAUAUAUUUAUAGCUUUGAUGUCAUUCAUAACUUUCAUAUUAACAUAUGUUUAUUUUAUAUUACAUAAUUAUACUUAGUAAAGUAUAAUAGCUAAUAUCCAAUCAUAUACAUUAGGGGUAUAGACGAGCCGAGUUUGAGCUCUUCGAGUUUUUUUCUUUUGUUCGAUCUCAAGUGUAAGCCAUUUAUUUGUGUUUUUUUUUUAAUGUUUAAAUUGGUAUUA